GAUAAAGUCGCCGGCGGUUUUGUGUCACAUUAUCUCCUUGAGAAAUCAAGAGUGUGUCGGCAGGCUGACGGUGAACGAAACUAUCACAUUUUCUAUCAGUUGAUCGCUGGAGCUCCAGAUGAUUUGUACAAGAAGCUUCGACUCGCUGCUUCAGACAAAUUCAAGGUUACUUUACCUGAAGCAUGGUACGACAAGCUUUUUCGUUGCGGUCCCGGCUCCAAGUCAAGAGUCAGCUCCGAGCGCCUCAGCGAACAGGCGCGCAAAUCCGGUCUGCUGACCGAUGCCAUCGUUGACGAUGCAGCUGACUUCUCUCAUCUAGUUGAUGGUCUUGGAAGAGCCGGACUCACCAAGGAUGAGGUAUAG